AAGAGCCACCACAAUCCAACCUUUGGCCCAGUUGGUAAAUAAAAUCUUCCCUUGCUUCUGUUCCUGCUCUGCCCAGACCCUGGUCACAGCACCCGCUGGACUGAUUGGAGGGCUCCUGGAGAGGGAGGACAGAUGGAGCUUCUUCCCUGCUGACCACCCUAGCCACUUGGACCUUGGAGGAGAGCAGGGCAAUCUUUUCAGACAUCACCACAGCAGAAUCUGCCACGGUACAUUCCGGUCUUCCAGCCGGCUCUUGGCAGAGGAAGGCCGCUAUGGGUCAAAGUUAGAAGACAAUCUGCCUUGUAAGGACAUGGCUUUGGUGCAGACGCGAACACUGAGCCAUCAGACAGGGGAGGAAUAUGAGGCUGAUGUUGAGUUGCAAAGGCACUGGGUUUCUCCUCUGGCUGUUCCCAGCUGUGGAUUUCUGGGGCUCUGUGUUAUCACCAGCCUUCUCUGCUCUCCUAAGGAGUCCAUAUGGGGCAAGUGGAACUGUGUCACCAGACAGAAAAACUGGGACAAGGAUGGAAGUCUGGAUUUCACUGACAAGGAAGAAGGGGAAGUUGAAGAUGAUGCUCUGACAAAUGAAGACUGGAAGUUUCUAAAACAGUUCCCGAGCUGGGAAAAGGAAGAGAAGAAGCGCAUUAGAACGCUCUAUGCCAUCGCAGACCACAUUGACAAAAGCCACCAAAAAGCUACCAAGACCAAAGUGGUGACUACCUCUGCAUCAGUCAUCUCUGGAGCCCUGAGUCUCCUGGGUUUGGCCUUGGCUCCAACAACGGCAGGGGCAAGCCUGGCAUUCACUGCUGUUGGCAAUGGUUUGGGGGCAGUUGCCGGGGUCACCAACAUCGUGACCAAUGUGAGGGAAAACUCUCGCAAUAAAAGAGCCUUAGCUCAGGCCAACAGCAUCAUGCCUAGCAGUGACCAGGAGCUUGAGGAGGUCAAGGGAGAGAAGAUGACCUAUGUCACAGCCGCCGGUGAGCUUGUCUACAAAUGUGGGAGUGCCUGGGAUAUCAUCAAAAAGCACCUCCGAGCCCUGCGGGUAACCAGAACACAACCUCAUGUCACCUCAGCUGCCAAGAAGCUCAUGACUACUGGCCAAAUAUCAACUCGAAGCAGCAGGCAGGUGCAAAAGGCUUUUGGGGGCACAGCCCUGGCAAUGACCAAAAAUGCUCUGAUGAUUGGGCGUGUCACUGCUGCCUUGUCCCUUGGCCAGGACAUAUAUACUCUCUGGGAGGACUGGAAGGAUCUGAAGUCUGAAACCCCAACCGAGCUUGCAAAAGAGUUAAGAGCACGAGCUGGGGAACGGGAAUUGGUGUUAGCAGAACUCACCCAUCGCUAUAAAAAGCUGAAGGUGAAGGCUGGAUUUUGAAAGAGGCCUGGAGGCAUAAGGUGGGAUCUGUAGGGCCAUGUAGAUGUCAUGUUGUGAAGUCUGCAGAGAUGUCUCUCACCACGUUUCCAUAGCUGUGAUAAAGACCGUGAUCAAAGGGUUUAUUUGGUUUACACAUCCCCGAGUCACAGUCCACCAAGGGAAGCCAAGGCAGUGAGAACCCAAUCCUACUCCAUCCUGGGACUGGCCUCCAUCUUAAAGAAAAACACAAAUAAAUAAGGCCGGAGAAUGACCUGCUGCAGAACCCAAGCUGCACCCACAUACCAGGACGGACCCCACGGCUUGUCUUUGACCAGAGUUAUUUCCUAGCUACUUCCUAGCAACAGUUAAUCAAAGAUUAGUCUGAUUGUCUCAGAUGUACUUUCAGACUGUUCGUGAUUGUAAACAGUCUUGCUUCAGAGCACCCACCUGUCGGCUUACAGUCAUUCUAUUAGAUGCUUGCCAGACUGGACCCCCCUCCCUCACCCCCUCACUUGGCUCCUGUUUUUCCUAUAAGAACUUGUCCUGAUGAGGGUUCAAGGCUACUCCACCUUCUCUUCCUGUCCUGCUGUGUCAGGGUUGGGUUGGAGGAGAGCCCAGGCCCGAGCUUGUAAUAAAGAGACACUAAUGGUAUUACUUCAGAAA